AAAGUGAAAAGUAGGGUGUUGGAAUGAAAAAACCAUUGCAGGUAGUCUUAUGUAACUAUACACUAACCCCUACUAAAUGCAUUCCAACUAAUAUUCAUUUUUAAACGUAGGGAGCAAACACAGACAGCAUUACUCAUUGACUCCAAAGCCAUUAAUGCUUCUUCUUCUUCUUCUUUGUUCAGACGUGUGCAUGUGCAGAUCAGAGCAGUGCAGGAUCCACCGACAAGCAAGAACCUCAAGUUAAAAGUCAAGAGCGCAAAGACAAGAUUCUCCAUUGCCCACCACAUCAAAAACACCAACCAUUCAUCAACAAAGAAGCAUUGCAAUGACGCCGGAAACUGACGCCACGUCAUCGUCGAAGCCGCCGCCGCCGCCAGCUUCUUUCAGGUUCAAGUGGGACGUGUUCCUGAGCUUCAGGGGCACUGACACGCGCCACACCUUCACGAAUGACCUCUACAACGCGCUCCACGCCCGCGGUGUUCGUGUCUUCCGCGACGACGACGGGUUGGGCCGCGGCGACGAGAUAAACGCGAGCCUUCUGGAGGCCAUUGAUGACUCUGCGGCUUCUGUCAUCGUUCUCUCGGAGGACUAUGCCUCCUCUCGGUGGUGCCUGGAGGAGUUGGCCAAGAUUUGCGACUGUGGGAGGUUAAUCCUGCCCGUUUUCUACCGGGUUGACCCGUCGGAUGUCCGAAAACAAAAGGGUCCCUUUGAAGAGUCUUUCAUGUCCCAUGCAGUGAGGUUUGAGGCAGAGCCAGAGAAGGUUCAGCUCUGGAGGGAUGCUAUGGCAAAAGUGGGUGGAAUCGCUGGUUGGGUUUGCCAUGAAAACAGUGACAGUGAUAAGCUGAUUCGAGUUUUGGUGGAAACAGUUAUGAAGCAGAUGAAGAACACUCCACUGAGUGUGGCUCAGUACACAGUGGGGGUUGAUGAUAAAGUGGAAGAGUUAAAAAAGUUGCUUGAUGUGAAAAUCAAUGAUGUGAGGGUUCUGGGGUUGUAUGGGAUGGGUGGUAUUGGUAAGACAACUCUGGCCAAGAGCCUCUUCAACAACCUUGUAGUUCAUUUUGAACGUCGCAGCUUCAUUUCAAAUGUCAGAUCAGAAGUUAAUUCAAGACAUGGCGAUGAUGGUGGUUUGGUUUCUCUUCAAAACAGAGUUCUUGGUGAUCUUUCCUCUGGUGGAACAGGGGAUCCCUUCAAUGAUGUUAAUGGUGGUGUUUCUGCUAUCAAAAGAGCAUUAAAUGGAAGCAAAGUUCUGCUAAUCUUGGAUGAUGUUGAUGAGGUAAAGCAGCUUGAUUUCUUGAUGGGUAAUAGGGAAUGGUUUCAUAAUGGAAGCCGUAUUGUGAUAACCACAAGGGAUAGACAAGUUUUACCUGAAAGUUAUGUUGAUAUGUUCUAUGAGGUGAGGGAAUUGGAAUUCUCUCCAGCAAUGGAAUUAUUCUGUCACCAUGCAAUGGGAAGAAAGGAGCCAGGAAAGGAUUUUUCGAAUCUGUCAAAACAGAUUGUAGAAAUAACUGGAGGAUUGCCCUUGUCUUUGGAAGUUAUUGGCUCUCUUCUAUCUGAUAAGAAGAACAACAAGGAGUGGGAAUAUGCGGUGGAGAAGCUGAAACAGGAUCCUCAUCCAGGUGUUCAGGAUGUGUUGAAGAUCAGUUAUGAUGCAUUGGAUAAACAAGAGCAGUGCAUUUUCCUUGACAUUGCUUGUUUGUUUGUGCAAAUGGAAAUGGAAAGAGAUGAUAUGGUUGAUAUAUUGAAUGGGUGCAAUUUCAAUGGAGGGAUAGCAAUGUCAGUCCUUGCUGCAAAAUGUUUGAUCAAAAUCACUACACGUAAUGUGGUGUGGAUGCAUGAUCAAGUUAGAGACAUGGGAAGACAAAUUGUUCAGAAUGAAAGCCUUACAGAUUAUGGUCUGCGUAGCAGGCUAUGGGAUCGAGAUCAGAUAUUGACUGUUUUGAUGAGUAAGAAGGGAACAAGAAGUAUUCAAGGGAUCGUCCUAGAUUGUGUGAAGAGAAACCAUUUACCUAGAGAUCGGUCUGCGGCUGAAAUUACAUGGGAUCACUUUCAUCAAAAGCCCAGUUUUAAAUCUGCAUCAGCAUUUAUCAAAGAGAAGUGUAAAAAGUAUAUGCAGGACAGAGAAGAGAAAGCAAAAGAGGUUGUCCUUCAGACAGACCACUUUCAACCAAUGGUUUCCCUAAGAUUGCUUCAAAUUAAUUAUUCAAGAUUGGAAGGACAAUUUAGAUGUCUGCCUCCAGGACUAAAGUGGUUGCAGUGGAAACAAUGUCCAUUAAGGAAUUUUCCUUCAGGUUAUAAUCCUUUGGAGCUUGCUGUGAUUGACCUCUCAGAAAGUAAAAUUGAAACAUUGUGGGGCAGGCGCAGUAACAAGGUGGCUAAGAACUUGAUGAUUUUAAAGCUCUCAAAAUGCCACAAAUUAGCUGUAAUUCCGGAUUUAGCUGAUUAUCUAUGUCUGAGGAAAAUUGUUUUGGAGGAAUGCUCUCAUUUAACUAGGAUUCAUGAAUCACUUGGAAAUCUAAGUACCUUGGUUCACUUGAACUUUCAUCAGUGCAAUAACCUUAUCGAAUUACCUGCUGAUGUCUCCGGGCUGAAACAUCUCGAGGACCUUAUCCUUUCUGGCUGCAGGAAAUUGAAAGCAUUGCCGAUAAGCAUAAGCUGCAUGGUUUCCUUAAGGCAACUUGUUCUUGAUGAAACUGCUAUAACUGAGCUACCUGAAUCCAUCUUCCACCUGACAAAACUUAAAAAGUUGAGUGCAAAUUCAUGUCAAUUGAAGAGGUUACCUUCCUGCAUUGGGAAACUGUGCUCACUGGAGGAAUUGUCUCUCAACCACAAUAAAGCAUUGGCUGAAUUGCCUGAUUCUGUUGGUUGUUUGGAGAAUCUUGAGCUGCUUAGUUUGGUGGGGUGCAAGUCACUCUCUGUGAUUCCUAACUCUGUUGAGAAACUAAUUUUAUUGAAAAGGUUACAUCUUAAUGUCAGUGGAAUUGAAGAGUUGCCUGAUUCUAUUGGUUCUUUAUCAUAUUUAAGGGAACUCUCUGUUGGAGGCUGUAUUUCUCUUCACAAGUUGCCUGUGUCAAUAGAAGCUUUAGUUUGUAUUGCUGAGCUUCGGUUAGAUGGGACACCAAUUACCAAUUUGCCAGACCAAAUUAUGGGCAUGAAAAUGCUUAAAAAGCUUGACAUGGGAAAUUGUAAGCACCUAACAUGUCUACCACCAUCAAUCGGCCUCCUAUCAGCUCUCACAACUUUGGACAUGUACAACACUAACAUCACUGAAUUGCCAGAGUCAAUAGGAAUGUUGGAAAACCUUACCCGGUUGAGAUUAGACAUGUGUAGACAGCUCCAUAGGCUUCCAAAUUCCAUGGGAGGAUUGAAAUCUUUGCAAUGGUUAAUGAUGAAAGGAACAGCAGUUACUCAUCUACCUGAUAGCUUUGGAAUGCUUUCAAGCCUGGUAGAACUACAAAUGGAAAGAAGGCCUUAUCUAAACAACAUGCCUACAACAGACAUAAUUGCUAACGAGCAGGAGGAACCUAAUUCAGAGUCAAUCUUAACCUCUUUCUGCAACCUCACUAUGCUGGAACACCUAAAUUUUCAUGGAUGGAGAAUAAUUGGAAAAAUUCCAGACGAUUUUGAAAAGAUAUCUUCACUGGAAACUUUAAGUUUAGGCCACAACAAUAUUUGCAAGCUUCCAGCAAGCAUGACAGGCCUCUCCUAUCUCAAAAAGCUUUAUUUGGAAGAUUGCAGGGAGCUCAUGUUUCUGCCUCCUCUUCCCUCUAGCUUGGAGGAGCUUAACAUUGCAAACUGCACAGCAGUAGAGUACAUAUCUGAUAUUUCAAACUUGGACAGGUUAGAGGAGUUCAACCUCACAAAUUGUGAAAAAGUGAAGGAUAUUCCAGGUCUUGAACACUUGAAGUCCUUAAGAAGGUUGUACAUGAGUGGUUGCAUUGGAUGUUCCCUUGCUGUGAAGAGAAGAUUUUCCAAGGUUCUACUUAAAAAAUUAGAGAUUUUGAUUAUGCCUGGAAGCAGAGUUCCAGACUGGUUCUCAGGGGAAUCAGUUGUGUUUUCAAAGCAAAGAAACCGUGAGCUUAAAGGUAUUAUUUGUGCUGGUGUGCUUUCUUUCAACAAAAUACCAGAAGACCAAAGAGAUAAACUGCAGUUAGUGGAUGUUCAAGGAAAAGUCUUCAAUUUGACUGACAAUGUUUACAGCACAACGUUUCGCCUUCUAGGAGUACCUAGGACAAACGAACACCACAUCUUUUUGCGCAGAUUUGGAGUUCAUACUUCCUUAGUCCAUCAGUUAAAAGAUAAGUAUACCUUACAUUUGACAAAGCGAAACCCGCCUUAUGUUGAGGGGCUGAAGCUGAAAGACUGUGGAGUAAAUUUAGUGUUUGAAGGUGAUGAUGAUUAUGAGGGAGAUGAAGAAUCACUGGAAGAAGGACAAUAUUCUGUUUCACAAAAAUUAGCUAAGUUCUUCAACACUACUGCAGAAGAUAACCCUGAUCCUUGUGCGGAAGAUAACCCUGACCCUUGUGUAGGGGCGGAGGGAUCGGGGUGGCUCACCGGUGCCGCCACGCCCCUCAUCUUUUUUACUUUCAUUUGGAUACUAUGUAUAUUUUUCUUUUGGCCCCUGUGGUAAACUUAAUAUAUAUUAUCAUGUAACCAAUAUUAUAUAACACUAUAUGGCACAGCGGUACGUACAUGAAUAACUUCCUCACUAGUCUUAGGUUUGAAUCCUGUUUACACCACCAUUUAAAUUAUUAUUUUUUGAACUAAAAAGUGAAAAAUGCUCCAAAUAGGAAUUGAACCUCA